GCAGAGGAGUUUCGCGUCGGGAAGGUAGACGGCAAAAACGGCACAAAAUAGGAAAUAUUUUAUGUCAAAAGGCGUUAUUCGGAUAUGUAUGUCUCUGUUUAACAUUUAUUUUCUUAUUCUGUAUGUCCGGCUGUGUUUACAUUAAGUUGGCCAACUUGUUAGUGUUGGUUUUUGAUUGAUUAAUCGGCAGAGAUUAUCAGAAACAUUCAUGGCUUUGAUAGCGACCGAUCAGGGCUGCAAACUGAACGGGACGUCGGCGAUUUACAGCAGAGUUGGUCCAAGAAAAGAGGCGUUUCAGGGCAAAACACAAAGCUUUAAAACUGCCAAAAUGCAGCCCAAAGAGACGGAGUAUUCAACAGAUGGCCUGCCCAAAGCCUUUCUGCACAGCCUGAGGACCCUGUUUGACAUUUUGGAUGAUGGUGGACGCGGCUACGUCCACAUCUCGGAGAUUGAGAGCCGCUGGCAGGGGGCAGACACCCAGGACCUGCCCGGAGGGGUGCUGGGCUGCCUCCGGAGGGUCACGCCACCGCAUGGCUGCCUCACCUUUGAGCGGUUCGUGGCGGGGCUGCGGUACUCCAUGCUCAACCCGGAGCACAGCGCUCACUUCAAGGCCCAGGCUGCCGUACACCCGCAGCAGGCACCGAAGCAGCCCCAGAAACCCGCCCCGCUGUCCACAUGCAGUGUCGGGACCCGGGUGGAGAACAAGGUCCGUCCGCUGGGACCGAGCAACGUAACAAAUACCCAGCCUCACCGGGCAUCCUCGCUACAAAGCCGGGCCAGGCCAGAGGAGGGAGCCGGGUACCCCGCGUGUGGACCGGUGCGGUACAGCGCGGGUUUCGAGAGGUCCGGGCGGAGUUUGGAGCGGAAUGCUGCCUCUCCGGGGGGCGGGUGCUACCGGGCCGACCCGGGCCAUGCCACCAAACCGACACAGCCUCAGCAGAGCCGGGUCAGGUCCAUUGAGUCGCUCGCUCUGGAGUCACCGCAACUCCAAAGACCAGGUGUUGUGAAAUCUGGUUUACCAAGAUCUCAGAGUGAAUCAGCAACAGGAUUUACUGGCGUCUCCAGGCGACACGGGCGGAGUCGGGAGGAGCAGAGGCGGCAUACAAUAUCCAACGGAGUGGAUUAUGGAAUGUUGAAGCAAAUGAAAGAGCUGGAGCAGGAGAAGGACUCCCUGCUGGCGGGCCUGGAAGUGGUGGAGCGGGCCCGAGACUGGUACCAGGGCCAAAUCCAUAAUGUCACAGAGAGACAGCGGCAGGUCGGCCAGAGCUCCCACUGCACGGAUUUCUUCACAGAAGCCAAUCAGAGUCGCAUGAAUGUUCUAAUACCCAAAUUGCAGGAAGUCAACCGCUGCCUUAAUGACCUUAUUUCCUGCUCUGGGAUGCAGUCAUUUCCUUCCAGCACUGCUCAGACAGCAGCUAACCCCCCGCCUCCGGGUCCUGCUCCCUCACAAGCCAUCCAGAGACUGAAGGACCAGAACCGACUCCUCACACAGGAGGUGACAGAGAGGAGCGAGCGCAUCGCCCAGCUGGAGCAGGAGAAGUCCGCCUUGAUAAAACAGCUUUUUGAGGCUCGUGCUCGUAGCGCGCAGGACACCAGCACCAUGGACUCCACCUUCAUCUGAAAACAAUUACACUCCACCCAACAUUAUCGCAUGUUAGCACCACGUUUCAGCUGGGAACCAUCAUGACGCCGGUCUGGUGCAAAACUUUUAUAAGCUGACUGUUGUUUACCCACACAUGUAGCAGUGAUGCACCUUUUUAGCCAUGAGACGCCAACACCCUCCACUGCAGCAUGUGACCACUCCACCCCGAAACAUGCACUACCUAGAUGUGAAAAACCUGACCCCGAAUGACUUGACCCUAGAGUCGUUUACUUGCUGCCUUUUUACGUUUCCUGCAUAAACACUCCAACUAAGCUGAACAGACUGGGACACGAUAAAGAAACCAGUCAGGUCUCAUGAGAUCGCAACAUUUCUUGCAGAAUCACAGCAUCUGCAAGAUCUCCUCUCCCAAAAGACUGUUUUCACUUCUGCUACUCGUCUGCACAGGCAACAUAAAGAAACAUGAACUCUAACUCAGUGGGGGGAGGAUUUCUGUUGGAAUAAAAUGCCAUAUUCUUACAGUUUGAUACGAAAACAAAAAAUAAGCUGCAUCUGCUUGCUGUGACCUAUCAAUUACAUUUUUGUUAGUUUGGUACUUUGAGAGGAAUGAUAAUAAGAAACACUUUUCCCUUGUCUUUCAGUAUUUCCUUCCUUUUAACGUAACUAUGUUUACUUGACGUUGGUUUUCUGGGUUUUAGGGUGUUUUAUUUCAAACACAGGAAUUACUGAGAAGAACUGUUUUUAUAUCACAGUAGCAUGUUACAUGUUAAGACCUUUUAUGAAUUUGAGAUGUUUUUUUUUUAAGUUUGGGGGGAAGAAAAGAGAUGGGAGGACAGCCUACAAGCCAUUGAGAUGUAGGGGCGGAGACAGACGAGAGAAGUUUGGAAGUUUGCACGUAGAAGAGAGCUGAGGAGGACAAACAUGGCAGACGGUGAAUGUGAUGGAGCUCUUUGGUUUGGAGAUAACGAAAAGAAAAUCACUUUGGCUAUCUAGUGCUACAUGCCCUGUAUGUCUUGACAGUGGAUUCUUUUCAUCGGUCAUAUUUUCAGCUCCAAAAUAUUUAUCUUCUGAAGAGAUUUCUGUUUGAGACCUGGAGAUUAAACGUUAGCACAAAUGUAAAAACCCUUGUUAAGUCCCUCUUUAGCAGGAUCAGCCUGGAAGCGGUUGGCUUUAGGACUAAAACUGUAUAAACAUUCAGCCAUCCACAAAGUUUACAAGAGAAAUAUUUAGUUAGUGGGUGGCGGUAGAAUAAAAAAAACAUGUAGUUUUGUAAUGGAUCUGUAUGGUACUGCUGGGAUAUCUGCACAUAACAUAUUGAUGUCUGUUUCCCACUUGUUUGAUUGUAUGUUUCUUGCUGCUCAAACUACAUUCUGUGUGAGUGAAACUCUUUUCCUUCAGCUUUCUAUCAAGAGUACUCAUACUCAGAUAAAAAUGUAAAAUAAAUACGACCAAACAACGUUGA